AUGUGCCUUUCUUUGAAACAAUUGGAGUGGGCGGAUGUAUACAGACGCCUAACCGGUGCUGAGAAAGAGUCGGUGAAAGAGAAGAAGAUACAAAAAUUCCCGUCUAGGGAAAGGAAUUAUGCUGUUAAGAGGAGGAAUAAUAACAAUAUGAGAUCUCACGUUAAUUGCGAAAGUUGUGCUCGCGUUGCUGAGAAAGAAAACAGAUGA